AUGGGCGAAUGUGAUAGAAAAGCACAGCUUGAAGAAAUUCAAUCUAUCGAAUCGAUAUAUGGUGAUUUAAUUCAUUUUGAAUCAUCUUCACAACUCAGUGUACGGUUUAAUGAUGUACGAUUGACUAUUUGCCUUCCUAAACAUUAUCCAACAAGUUCGCCACCAUAUUUCGAACUUAGCGGUCCAUCAUUAACAGAAAACCAGAAAGAAGAGGUCAAAAAUUCGAUGAAUGAAAUUUAUGCAAAAAAUGUGGGCCAACCGGUUUUGUAUGAGUGGAUCACAUAUCUGAAUGAUUAUCUGGCUGAUUUUGAUAAUAGUAUGAAGGAGAAAUCAAUUGAUGAAUAUGAAUCCUCAUCUCCUAGUACAGUUGUCUCACCACCAUCAUUCCAACCAUGCAUUCCAACCAUAAUCAGUGGUAAUUCAAUGGUUGAUCGAAAAAGCACGUUUCAAGCGCAUGUUGCACAAGUAUUCUCCAAAAAUGAAGUUACACUUGUGCUUAAUAAGUUGAAGGAAAACAACAAAAUUGCAAGAGCAACACACAAUAUGUAUGCAUGGUUAAUUGAAGAAAAUCUAAGUGGCCGCUUAAUAAAACAACAUGACUGCAAUGAUGAUGGUGAGAUCGGUGCAGGUGCCAAAUUAUUGAAUUUACUGGAAUUGAUGAAAGCCAAAAAUGUACUAGUGAUCAUUACCCGCUGGUACGGAGGUAUACAUCUCGGACCGGAUCGAUUUCGACAUAUUUGUAACUUGGCGCGUCAAAUCUUGGUGGAGAAUGGUUUUUCUGGUCGUACUUCUUAA